AGGAUCCAAAAUUGGAUUUCUGGUUGUGAUCGAUUCAAAUUACAGUUAAAGUGAGAAAUAGCAGCUCUGCCGCCAAACUUCCAUUUCCUCGCAUUCAGCCAAAAAUUUCUCUACAUGUGUCAUCAAAUUAUCGAACCCAUGAAACCCGCUUCUAUGGCUGACACAGUACCAAUUCUGAAAGUUAAGGAGAGAACCCAAAUAUCAUGGAUCUUGGUCCUCUAUUUAUUCUCGACGUGGGUUCCUUCUUCUUUAUCAAAGAAAUUCAAGUGAGUAGAGAAGCGUGUAAAUCAAUCUUCCAUGGAGUCUGGUGCUGAUGCGAGGAAUGAUAGAAGAACUGCCGAGGAAAAAGCCAUCGAUGAUUGGCUUCCAGUGACAUCCUCCAGAAACGCAAAGUGGUGGUACUCAGCCUUUCACAAUGUCACCGCCAUGGUUGGUGCCGGUGUCCUCAGUCUUCCUUACGCCCUAUCUCAACUCGGAUGGUAUCCCUUUUCCUUCAAUCCAAGUCUUCUCUGGGCUUUGGAAUCACAGUACUAGUCCUCUCUUGGGUGAUUACACUCUACACACUAUGGCAAAUGGUGGAAAUGCACGAAAUGGUUCCAGGAAAAAGAUUUGACAGAUACCAUGAGCUAGGGCAACAUGCUUUUGGUGAAAAACUCGGGCUUUUUGUUGUAGUCCCUCAACAGUUGAUAGUGGAAGUAGGCACAUGCAUUGUCUACAUGGUGACUGGAGGAAAAUCUCUACAGAAGUUUCAACAAUCAAUUUGCCCUGAUUGUAAACCUCUAAGAACCACUUACUUCAUCUUGAUUUUCGCCUCUGUUCACUUUGUACUUGCUCACCUCCCAAAUUUCAACUCCAUUAGUGGUGUCUCUUUAGCUGCUGCCAUCAUGUCAUUGAGUUAUUCAACGAUUGCUUGGGUGGCUUCAUGGAAAAGGGGAGCUCAUGAUGACGUGGACUAUAGUCCAAGGUCGAAAACUUCUGUGGGACAAAUGUUUGGGAUGUUUAGUGCUUUGGGUGAUGUGGCAUUCGCGUAUGCGGGUCAUAAUGUGGUUUUAGAGAUCCAAGCGACUAUCCCUUCAACACCUGAAAAGCCAUCAAAGGGACCAAUGUGGUUGGGUUGUGUUGUUGCGUAUAUAAUUGUUGCUAUUUGCUACUUUCCUGUUGCAAUAAUUGGGUUUUAUGUGUUUGGGAACACUGUUGAUGACAAUAUUCUUAUCACUCUUGAACACCCUCCAUGGCUUAUUGCUUCAGCUAACAUGUUUGUCAUCAUCCAUGUCAUUGGUGGGUAUCAGAUUUUUUCGAUGCCUGUUUAUGACAUGAUAGAAACUUUCUUGGUGAAAUCAGUGAAACUGAAGCCGAGUGGUGUCCUUCGAUUCACUGUUCGUACAUUAUUUGUUGUUAUCACUACUUUUAUUGCAAUCACAUUCCCUUUCUUUGGUGGACUUCUUGGAUUCUUUGGAGGGUUUGCAUUGGCACCAACCACCUAUUACCUUCCAUGCAUUAUUUGGCUAAUAGUUAGGAAGCCUAAAAGAUGGAGCAUAACUUGGUGCAUAAAUUGGAUUUGCAUAGUAAUUGGUGUGCUAAUAAUGAUUUUAGCACCAAUUGGAGGUCUAAGGUCGAUUAUUAGGUCAGCUGGGAGCUACAAAUUUUACUCGUGAAGAACUGAAAAAUGCAACAAGUAUUGGAGUUUGUGUAAAAAGAGUGAUUUGGUAUUUGUGAAUAAAUAAAGAAAUAAGUCUCUCAGGUGAAAGUUAGAGAUUAAAAUAGAUGUAGGUGUUGGGAGUUUGAUGUGUAUGGUGUUUUUUUUGUAGUUUGCAAGUGAUGUACUACUAUCAGUGUUAGGCUCAACUCGUGGUACAAGCUUGUAUUUGUUUGCU